AAUAAUAGUAUAAUAUUUAAAUUUACGUCAAAUUUUUAAUAAUUUACUAAAUGUUACAAUCCAAAGUGUCCUUUGUUAUUUCACGGUCUGAAAGUCAUGCUCGUUCCUCUCUCUCUCUAAAUGUCUCCUGUUUCCAGUAAUGUCUUAAACUUAUAGAUAAAGUGCAAAUAUCAAACGGAAGUUUGAUGUAUUUCCUUCAACGUUUUUCUGAUUCACUUUCCAGCAUGAACGGCUCGCUAGAGAUGUCAAAUUGGAAUCAAAGUACAGAUUUUACUAAUGUUACUCUGUUUAUAAAUGAUUCUGUUUUAACGAACGACAGUUCUGUCAGUAACGUAACAACUGUUCCGCUUUUCGAAACGUAUCCAAAGGAGUUACUGUACUUCGCAGCAGCUGCUUGUAUUGUGUUCGUCUUUAUUGGAGUGCCAGGAAACUUCGUGACCAUCGUAGCCUUACUUAAAAGUCCUCGAUUAAGAAAUGUCACCUCGGCAUUUAUCAUCAAUUUGUGCGUGGCAGAUGAACUGUUUUGCAUGUUUAGCAUUCCGCUAGCAGCAUCCCUAUUCAUACACAAGACGUGGAUCUACAGUGACUUUCUUUGCAAGAUUUUCCCUCUAUUUCGUUCCGUAAAUGUUGCCGUUUCUCUCUUCACCAUUAUUGCCAUUACAAUCAACAGAUACGUCAUCAUCGUCCACCCCAAAAACUACACUAAGAUCUACACUAAGGUGAGCAUUUCUGUUAUUAUCGCUUUUAUCUGGUUGGUAUCCUUUGCAUUGUUGAUACCCACUGCUCUUGGAAUUUGGGGAAAAUUCGCUUUCGAUCCCGAAGUGGGGACGUGCACCGUCGUGAAAGUCAAUGGAAAAUCGUCGAAAACUUUUAUUCACAUCCUGGCAUUUGUUAUACCGUGCUUCACUUUGGUGUUUUGUUACUCCAGGAUAUUCUGGAUCGUUAGAAAAUCGGAAAGAAAAUUAAAACUCGGGCAUGGAUUAAAGAAAGAAGGGAAUGAUGGAAAGUUUAAAUUAAAAUGUUGUGGAAAGAAAGAGGCAAAAUCGGAAAACGAAGGAAAGCAGAAGCAAUCUAAAGAUUUAAAACUGUUAAAAGUGAUUCUGGUGAUAUUUUUAGCUUUCGUGUUCUGUUAUACUCCCAUUAUAUUUGUGAAAAUCUUUAAAAAGGAGAAGAGCCUUCCCGCAUUGAACAUUAUAGGCUAUCUUGGAGGUUAUUGUACCGGUUGUAUCAAUCCUAUUAUUUACGUCAUCAUGAGCAGAGAAUACAGACGAGCUUACUCAGAGUUAUUCAAGUGUAAGAAGACGGUUCACAGUGUUGCAGAGACACACACUACAAGUUUAUAAAUUACAUUUUUUAAUGCUUUACAUAGAUUUCAUUUACUGUUUUUUUUAUGUAAAAAUAGGAGUUUGUACAGCAAACCCUGGACAAAUGUAUAGAAUAAUUAAUAAUGUAAAUAUAGAAAAAAUAAUUAAUAACUUUGUAAUAAAUCAAUUAAUUUGUAAAUAAAUUUAUUUAAUAAUCACUAAAAAACAUUUUACAUGAAAAUUAAUCUAAUUUACUGAUAAAAGGCUAUCAUAUGUUACUGUUUCCUGUCCGUUUAUCAUUGUAUAGUGAGUAAGGGUCAUUGCAAUUAACUCAACGUUAAGUAUUAAUCAUAAUUAUAAAAUUAUACAAAGUUUAAAUAUAUUAAAUAUAAUUAUAAAACAUUAAAUUAAUCUGAAUAAGACCGUUGCAAUGACAUGGUCUUUCAGUGUCCACCAGUAGCGGAGUGGAUUAGAGUGACCAUAUUGUUUAUUGAGCAAACCGGAAAGAUGAGUCUAAAAGUGAGAAAAUUUAGAUUAUUUUUAAAAAUUUAUUUAUUUAUUAACUUAUAAAUCGGUUUUAUUACAUUAGAAGACCUAUAAAACGCUUCUAUUUAAAGUUUUAUUUUAUAUUUGAGGGUUAAAAACGUGAGAAAUGCGUU